GGGGACUUCCGGAGCGCCGGGGUGUGGUUCCGGGUCGUGGUACGGCUCGGGGCAACAGGGCUGCUGCUUUGCCGGCCGGCGGCGGCGAGCGGCAGGGGCAUGAGGGCGAGCCUGGGAAACGGCAGCUGAGCGGGCCAGGAGGAGCGCCGGUCCCGGUGGAUCCUGAGAGUGCAGAACUCGGGACAGGGGCCGGGAGGCGUGAGGGAGCCGGGCCCUCCCCUCAGGAGCGUGUUUCGGGGCCGACCUGGCCCGUAGUGUGGGAGCAGCUUCAGGUAGGUGAGCUCGUGAAACAAUAUGAAGAGGAGAAAAUAGCCUUUUAAGGAAAUUGGCCCACAGAAAGGAUGGCCUUCUUGGACAAUCCAACUAUCAUUCUAGCUCAUAUUCGACAGUCACAUGUGACCAGUGAUGACACGGGAAUGUGUGAAAUGGUUCUCAUUGAUCAUGAUGUUGACCUAGAGAAGAUUCAUCCUCCUUCAAUGCCUGGAGACAGUGGGUCAGAAAUUCAGGGAAGCAAUGGUGAGACUCAGGGCUAUGUAUAUGCCCAGUCAGUCGAUAUUACCUCAAGUUGGGACUUUGGUAUUAGAAGACGCUCAAACACAGCUCAAAGAUUAGAACGACUUCGAAAAGAGAGACAAAACCAGAUCAAAUGCAAAAAUAUUCAGUGGAAAGAAAGAAAUUCUAAGCAAUCAGCCCAGGAGUUAAAGUCACUGUUUGAAAAAAAAUCCCUCAAAGAGAAGCCUCCAUGUUCUGGGAAGCAGUCAAUAUUAUCUGUACGCCUGGAGCAGUGCCCUCUGCAGCUGAAUAAUCCCUUUAACGAGUAUUCCAAAUUUGAUGGCAAGGGUCAUGUCGGUACAACAGCAACCAAGAAGAUUGAUGUCUACCUCCCCCUGCACUCGAGCCAGGACAGACUGCUGCCAAUGACCGUGGUGACAAUGGCCAGUGCCAGGGUGCAGGAUCUGAUUGGGCUCAUCUGUUGGCAGUAUACAAGCGAAGGACGGGAGCCGAAGCUGAAUGACAAUGUCAGUGCCUACUGCCUGCAUAUUGCUGAGGAUGACGGGGAGGUGGACACGGAUUUCCCCCCACUGGAUUCCAAUGAACCCAUUCAUAAGUUUGGCUUCAGUACUUUGGCCCUGGUUGAAAAGUAUUCAUCUCCUGGUCUGACAUCCAAAGAGUCACUUUUUGUUCGAAUAAAUGCUGCUCAUGGAUUCUCCCUUAUUCAGGUGGACAACACAAAGGUCACCAUGAAGGAAAUCUUGCUAAAGGCAGUGAAGCGAAGAAAAGGAUCCCAGAAAAUUUCAGGCCCUCAGUACCGCCUGGAGAAGCAGAGCGAGCCCAAUGUUGCUGUUGACCUGGAGAGCACUUUGGAGAGCCAGAGCGCGUGGGAGUUCUGCCUGGUCCGCGAGAACAGUAUCUCUGGAGACAAAGUGGAGAUAGACCCUGUUACGAAUCAGAAAGCCAGCACUAAGUUUUGGAUUAAGCAGAAACCCAUCUCAAUCGAUUCUGACCUGCUCUGUGCCUGUGACCUUGCUGAAGAAAAAAGCCCCAGUCAUGCAAUAUUUAAACUCACCUAUCUAAGCAAUCACGACUAUAAACACCUCUACUUUGAAUCGGACGCUGCUACCGUCAAUGAAAUCGUGCUCAAGGUGAACUACAUCCUGGAAUCACGAGCAAGCACUGCCCGGGCUGACUAUUUUGCUCAGAAACAAAGAAAACUGAACAGACGUACAAGCUUCAGCUUCCAGAAGGAGAAGAAAUCCGGGCAGCAGUGAUGCCUCCAACCUCAAUCUGCUGCUGUAGCUCAGAGCCUGCCUGCCAGGACCAGGUGCCCUAGAGCCCACCCUAUGUCCUCCAGUCCUCGGGGGAGGCCAGUCCCUGGCUCAUGGGCGCAGGGCUGGUGGGUUCUUGGGGAAGGUGCAGGGGGCACCCCUAGGAGGGUGCGCUGGGGACAUUGCCAUGGAACCAACGCCUGCUUGGCAACGGCUUUGAUUAGUGAUGCCCGAAGCCAGACCGCCCUGGAGGAGCCAUGUGCUGCCCAGCCAUCUUCACUGCCUGGCACCCCUGCCGAGGAUGUACAUAGCUGUGCCCAGACAUUUCUUUGCAACUUGAUCAAAUUUCUUAAAGCAAACAAAGAACAAAAUGUACACUUCUGUUUUUUCCUUUUAAUAAACAGGUGUACUCUUUAUCAUGGUUGGUAUGAUGGACCAUUCUUUGGGGUGAAGGAUUAUUCCCUUUAAAAUUUGUUCCCAUACUGAGCAGGCAGGUCAGCAGAGCUAAGGUUUAAUUUCUCAGAAGAGAUGUCUAGUUGAUAGUUUUUACUAUGCCAUUUGUUUAAAUGAGCACAUUUGCUUUGAGGAUAGUGUCUUACUAAAAGUUAGGAGCAGGGACUAGUGGUGUGUGUGCAAAGUUGUGUCAUUUUCCCCUUCCACAUGCCCCAGCAUCUCUGAUCGCAGAGCCAAUUUCAGAGCUGUGCAACUAGAACUGCGUGAAAGCCCACAACACUGAGAGGCUGCACCCAGGCAUGCCGCACUCCGGCCAGAGGGAGUCCUUUCCUUCUUCAAUAGCAAGUGUAGGUUUCGGCCGACAUUUCCACCUGCAUGUGGACUGGCCCGGAAUUGGAGUCCGCUUCGCUGCCUUUGCAGGGGCCUCCCUUCCCUGUCCUCCUCUCCUUCCAGCGCCUGCCCCUUGGAGCAGGCGGAAAGCUGCUGUUACUCACUGUAUCAGGGAAGAGGUGGGCGGGGGACCCGAGUCAUGCCAGCUUCCCGGGUGGGAACAGGCAGGAUCGACGCCCACUGACACCAUGCCUCUGGCCAGCAGAUGCCUCUGCGGUCCUCUACGACCGCUCCAGUCCCUCCUGCAGUGACAGCCUUUUGUACUGUCCCCGGCCAGGGCUGAGGACCAGCUGUUUCACUGAGGACCUGCAUUUAAAACAUUUUUUUUAAUUAUACAGGAAGAGAUGUGUCUAAAACAGCAUCUCAAAGUUGAGUAUACUUCUUUGCACAAGGGUCAUUUUAAUGAAUUCCUCUUUCAUUCUGGUCAUGGUUCAGCCAACAGGAACAUCCUUUUCUAAUGUCUUCCAUUCCUACCCACCCUGGAAACAAAAGAAAUUUUAUUUGUAGCUUGCUAUCUGUAUUUGAAUUUUUAGCAAUUUUAUAUUUAGAUAUCUUUGAAAAUGUAAAUGACUAAUUUGGUCAUUAUAUCUUGUGACAUAUUCAAUAUUAAAAUAAAAGUCAUAUAAAUACC